AUCCUUUCUAACUGCAUUAAAUAGUUUCCACAUCAAACUCAUAAUCAUCACGCCUGCCCUGUUUUUUUCCUUUUUUCUUUUCUUUCUUCUAAAGCACCCGUCUCUUUCUUCCUCAUCUCUUUUGUCUCUCAAAUGUCCAUUAACCACUUUGAGUAAUUGAAGGCAAAACAAUCAAACGACUACAAGAUCCUUCCAUGGAACCAAAUCCUUCCAAUCCCCUUGAAAAUGAGAGGGAACCCAUGUUUGAAAAACACUUAACUCCCAGCGAUGUUGGCAAGCUGAACAGGCUUGUAAUCCCCAAACAACACGCAGAGAAAUACUUCCCGCUCGGCGGUGACUCGGGUGAUAACCAGGGGUUGUUGCUGAGUUUCGAGGACGAGUCCGGCAAGUGUUGGAGUUUCCGUUACUCGUAUUGGAACAACAGUCAAAGCUACGUGUUAACCAAAGGGUGGAGCAGAUACGUCAAAGAGAAGCAACUCGAUGCUGGUGAUAUUAUUUUAUUCCAACGACACCGCACCGAUGGUGAUAGGUUGUUUAUAGGGUGGAGGAGGCGGGAUGCCGCGGUGGUGGUUGCAGCAGCAGCUACGAAUGGCGGAAAUGACGCGAUGGGUGAUAAUAGUGGUGGACAUGGAGGGUGGAGUGGUAGGGAAUUGUAUCGAGGGCAUCCUUAUCUUGGCUACAUUCAAGGCCUUGGGGCUAAUGUGCUGAAGCAAGCAGACUGUUUCCAUGCAGGAAGCAUUGUUGAAGAUCAAAAGCAAGCUACAAGAGGUGGGAAUUCAAAGAGGCUGGUGCGGUUAUUUGGUAUGAACCUAGAGUCCCACCAGGUGGAGGACUCCCCACCAUCAACGCCUACUGGUUCGAUCUUGUCGAGCCAGAAGGGUCCAACCACCUACCACUUUUAUUAA